CAUUUGACGUCACUCGCUAAAUAUUUUCAUUUUAAACCAGAUUCGAAAAGUGGUUUUGUGUAAAGAUUUAAAUAAUACUGUGUAAAAAUGGCUAGCAUUGAGGAUUUACAACGAAAAGUAAGUGAAUUAGAAGCUAAAUUAGCAGCUGUCCAGGGAAACGCAGGACCUGUGCGUCAGAAAAUUGAUGUAAUGUCUUCAGAAGUUGUGGACUCAAAUCCUUACAGUCGUCUCAUGGCACUCAAACGAAUGGGCAUAGUGGACAAUUAUGAGAAAAUUCGAGAGCUCUCUGUUGCUGUUGUUGGUGUCGGUGGAGUUGGUAGUGUUACAGCAGAGAUGCUUACAAGAUGUGGCAUUGGAAAGUUGAUACUCUAUGACUAUGACAAAGUGGAGCUGGCGAACAUGAAUAGGCUAUUCUUCCAACCCCACCAGGCAGGGCUUAGUAAGGUAGAUGCAGCAGCGGCAACACUGCAGUCUAUUAACCCAGAUGUCACCAUAGAGGCACAUAAUUAUAAUAUUACUACAAUGGAUAAUUUCCAAAAGUUCUGUGACUCAAUCAGCAAAGGCAGUUUAUCAGGCGGACCUGUAGAUCUUGUUUUAAGUUGUGUGGAUAAUUUUGAGGCUCGUAUGGCCAUCAAUACGGCAUGCAAUGAACUUAACCAACGCUGGUUUGAAUCUGGAGUCAGUGAAAAUGCUGUGUCAGGACAUAUUCAGUUUAUUGUGCCAGGCGAGACUGCUUGUUUUGCGUGCGCGCCACCUUUGGUUGUUGCUUCCAAGAUCGACGAGAAAACAUUGAAAAGGGAAGGAGUGUGUGCUGCAAGUCUUCCUACUACUAUGGGCAUUGUUGCUGGGUUUUUAGUACAAAAUACAUUAAAAUUCUUGCUCGGAUUUGGCAAUGUCAGCCAUUACUUGGGAUACAGCGCUUUGACAGAUUUCUUUCCCACAAUGGGUCUCAAGCCUAACCCUCAAUGCGAAGACUCGUAUUGUAGAACGCGUCAGACAGAGGUGAAAGCACGACCGGCCACUGUGGAGGUCGCGACUGAAGUGACGGAAGAUGAGAAACCUAUACAUGAAGAAAAUCAGUGGGGUAUAAGCUUGGUUGAUGAAAAUUCACCAGAAGAGGAGACACCCAACCUGAAUCUGGUUGAUGGAGUUCAGGUCGCGUACAGUAUCCCAGUAGAUAAUAGUACGCCCGAAUCAAGUACAGGUGGCGCUGUGGCGGCUUCCGAACUGUCCCUUGAGGAACUUAUGCAGCAAAUGAAGUCUAUGUAAUUAAAAAGUUAAACUAGAUAUUUAUCUAAGAAUAUGUGUAUUGAAUUGUAAUUUUAUUGCUUUGUAAGAUGCAUUUUUGAUCAACUUGAUGUCACAAAUAUCUUAUGAGAAUAAAAGGAAGUACUCAAUAUUUUUAAUUAAAAAUUAUAUUAUCAACUUAUAUAUGACUUGGGAUUAUAUACAGACAUAUUUAUCAAGACCCUUAAGUAUUAAAAAAAAGGAAAGUAGUAAUAAAAGGGCACAUUUUGGUUGUACUAGUAUUUUAGAUGUUUCAUGGUUGUGC